AUGGGCACUACGACAAGUCAUCCAGCCCAAAAAAAGCAAGCAACAAGAAAGUGUCGUACACCUAUUAUGAAUGGGGCUAGUGAAAAACCUAGUAAAGCUCAAGGCUUGGAGCCGCAAGAAAUGGAUGCUGUGAGCAAGAAAGUUACUGAAAUGAGUUUAAAUGACUGUUCAGGCUCCAACAACGCACUGCAGUCUUCGAGGGAGGGAUCUAUUACAAAGAAAAAAUCCACAUUGUUGUUACGUGAUGAGGACGAGCCCACUAUGCCAAAGUUAUCUGUCAUGGAAACUGCUGUAGACACUGAAUCUGGGUCUUCCUCUACUAGCGAUGAUGAAGAGGGAGACAUUAUUGCCCAGACGACAGAGCCCAAGCAAGAUGCCAGUCUAAAUGAUGACCGCUCACCCCCUUCUUCGCCCACACAGCAAAUACGCAGCAAAGAAAAUUCGGAAGAUCCAAGUGAAAUCAAGAGCACAUUGAUGGUACCUGUGGAGAUUAAGUGGCAGCAAGGCGGUUCAAAAGUUUACGUGACAGGCUCAUUCACCAAAUGGAGGAAGAUGAUCGGUUUAAUACCAGAUUCUAACAAGAAUGGGUCGUUUCAUGUUAAACUAAGGCUGCUUCCAGGCACACAUAGAUUCAGAUUUAUAGUGGACAAUGAGCUUAGAGUUAGUGAUUUCUUGCCUACAGCAACGGAUCAGAUGGGAAACUUCGUCAAUUACAUAGAAGUCAGGCAGCCAGAAAAGAAACCAACUGACGGAAAGAAAAAGUCCAAAAAAGCAUAUUCUAUGCAACCUCCCACCAGCGAUCGAUCCUCGAUUGCCCUACAAAUUGGUAAGGAUCCGGACGAUUUUGGUGACGGUUAUACAAGGUUUCAUGAAGAUCUUUCCCCCAAACCUCCAUUAGAAUAUACAACAGACAUUCCCGCUGUGUUCACUGACCCAUCUGUAAUGGAGCGUUACUAUUAUACUUUGGACCGUGAGCAAAGUCACAAUGAUACGUCAUGGUUAACACCGCCCCAAUUGCCUCCUCAGUUGGAAAAUGUUAUCUUGAAUAAGUACUAUGCCACACAAGACCAAUUCAACGAAAACAACUCAGGCGCCCUUCCCAUUCCGAAUCAUGUAGUGCUUAAUCACCUGGUUACUAGUAGCAUUAAACAUAACACCCUUUGUGUAGCCUCCAUUGUUCGAUACAAACAGAAGUAUGUCACGCAGAUUCUUUAUACACCCAUAGAGUCCUCUUAA